AGCACAGGGCUGGACAAACCUGAGCUCCAGGAACCUGACACUGGUCCGGCGCCAGGCCCUCGGGCUGCGCUGGGUCGGCCUCGGGCGGCAACCGGGAGCGGCGCCCAGAUGGUCGUGUGCUUCCACCUGUCCCGGCCCGUUUCCCAAGGCUGACUGGGUCAGGCUGGGGCGGCCUAGACAGGCUCGCGUCGGAGCUGAGAGAAGGGAGAGACGGAGAGAAGGCGCCGCGGGACCCAGGAGGCCGCGGGCCAAGGCGGGACAUUGAGGGGCCCAGAACGGGAGCGCAGAGCACUGGCCUGCACUGAAUCCCCUCGCCCUGUGCUGCCCGGUCAGCUAUAAAAGCGCACCCUCCCCUCACAUUUCCCAUCCUGGCGCACCCUCAGCUCAAGUCUCUGCCAGCAGGCGUCAGCCCCGCCUUUCUUCUUCCCGUGGGCGCUCGGAGGCCCGCCCCGGCCGCUGCGCUAGGAGCGGCGUACCGUAGGGUAGGGUAGCCUCUCCCGCGCCGCCCGACUUGGGUGAGCUGAGGGUGCGCAUGGCGGCGGUGGGGCCGCGGACUGGCCCGGGCACCGGGGCCGAGGCGCUGGCGCUGGCGGUAGAGCUGCAGGGCGAGGCGACCUGCUCCAUCUGCCUGGAGCUCUUCCGGGAGCCGGUGUCCGUCGAGUGCGGCCACAGCUUCUGCCGCGCCUGCAUCGCGCGCUGCUGGGAGCGCCCGGGCGCCGGGGCCACCGCCGCGUCCCACAAGUUGCCCUGCCCGCUGCCCUGCCCGCAGUGUCGCGAGCCCGCGCGCCCGGGCCAGCUGCGGCCCAACCGGCAGCUGGCCGCGGUGGCCACGCUGCUGCGGCGCUUCAGCCUGCCAGCGGGCGCGCAGGGAGAACGCGGGCCUCCGGAGGCGGUGGCGGCCGGGUGCGCGCAGCACCGCGAACCGCUCAAGCUCUACUGCCAGGACGAUGGACGUGCCAUUUGCGUGGUGUGCGACCGCGCCCGCGAGCACCGCGCUCACGCCGUGCUACCCCUGGACGAGGCGGUGCAGGAGGCCAAGGAGCUCCUGGAGUCCAGGCUGAAGGUCUUGAAGAAGGAUCUGGAGGAUUAUGAGUCAUUUCGUUCCACCGAAGAGAAGGAGAGCAAGGAGCUCCUGAAUCAGAUGGCAGCCGAGCGAGAGAAGGUUGGGGCGGAGUUCCAGGCUCUGCGGGCCUUCCUGGUGGAGCAGGAGGGCCGGCUCCUGGGCCACCUGGAGGAGCUGUCCCGGGAGGUAACACAGAAGCAGAAUGAGAACCUGGCCCAGCUUGGGGGUGAGAUUGCCCAGCUCUCCAAGCUCAGCAGCCACAUCCAGGAGACAACUUGCAAGCCUGAUCUUGACUUUCUCCAGGAAUUCAAAAACACACUAAGCAGGUGCAGCAAUGUGCCUGCCCCCAAGCCAACCACAGUCUCUUCUGAGAUGAAGAAUAAAGUCUGGAAUGUUUCUCUCAAGACCUUUGUCUUAAAGGGGCUGCUCAAGAAGUUCAGAGAGGAUCUUCGGGGAGAACUGGAGAAAGAAGAAAAAGUGGAGCUGACCUUGGACCCCGACACGGCCAACCCCCGCCUCAUCCUCUCUCUGGAUCUUAAGAGCGUGCGCCUUGGACAGCGGGCCCAGGGCCUGCCCAGCCACCCGCGCCGCUUCGACACCAACACGCGAGUUCUGGCAUCCUGCGGUUUCUCCUCCGGGAGGCACCACUGGGAGGUGGAAGUAGGCUCCAAGGACGGCUGGGCCUUCGGCGUGGCACGUGAGAGCGUGCGCCGCAAGGGCCUCACGCCCUUCACCCCCGAGGAGGGCGUCUGGGCGCUGCAGCUCAACAGCGGGCAGUACUGGGCGGUGACCAGCCCUGAAAGGACGCCCCUCAGCUGUGGGCACCUGUCCCGCGUGCGGGUCGCCCUGGACCUGGAGGUGGGGGCCGUGUCCUUCUAUGCUGCGGAGGACAUGCACCACAUCUACACCUUCCGUGUCAACUUCCAAGAGCGCGUGUUCCCCCUUUUCUCUGUCUGCUCCACCGGCACCUACUUGCGAAUCUGGCCUUGAGGGGCAUUGCCCGGCCUCCCUGAGGGGGUCAUCAGUCAAGGGUGAACUCCUCCUAGCCCUGGCUGCCCACGGGAAGGCAUGUUGCCCUCGGACGGAGCCUCCUGGUCACUCUGGGUAUAUUUUCUAGAGGCAGUCUAGAGAUAUAGCACUCUGGGUAUAUAUUGCCCUAGGCUGCCUUAGAGGGCCUUCUGCAGACUACAACGUCAAAGACAUGAGAAUGGGCUGUUGGGGAAAAGGGCUCUGAGGUCAGUUGAGCAGGGGAAGAGACGCUUUGGACCCUCCUGGCACGUCUCCUGCCUGUUGUCCGCGUGUGGAUUUGGCCUGAGCUGUAAGGAGGUGGAGGUGGAUGAGGACAGGAGCCCAGCUCCACCAGAGGUGCUUCCUAUCACUACCCCAACUCAGCAGGGCUUCUGGUUCUGUGGAACAAAACCAAGCUCUUGUCCUGUGCCAUCCUCAGCUGCAAGGGGGCAGGUUCCUGCCAGGCCAAUCAGGUUCAUGAUCCCUUCUGCUUUGCCUUCCUGUCAGCUGCCAGCUCUGCCUUCAGAGACCUGAAUCUAGCUGGCCUGAUGAAGUUGUCUACUCAGGGAGGAUCACUGUACUUCCAGCUCAGUGGAGAGUUUGGGCUGGAACUGGUAGGAGACCCUUGAUCUGUACAUGAGGGAAAAGCCCAGGGUAACAGCAUAUAGGCAUUGCUGCCAUCCAAUAUGGCUUAGCCUGAUGACAGAGUGUAUGUACAAUACAUCCUUGGCCACAGUGACUGCUCCGUGUUCUCAAGUUUGCCUAAACCCUUUUCAAGUGCCAAAGUACAGUCUCCCUUGGGUAAGGAGACCAAAGAUUCUGGGAUUUUUGAAACUCAAGGUGGCACGCAUAAUUUUACAGAAGCAACUAACACCAGCAUGGAGAUGCACAGAGUACAGGUAUGCCCCUGACAGACACUUCCUGGAGCUUCCCAAAUGUAUGCCAACAGCAGAAGACCCUGGUGCCAAGGCCUGCUCAGCCUGUACCCUGGAGGGUGUUAUUCCCUUGGCUAAUUGUCCCCCAGCUUCUGCAUGGCUGGGCUUCUGGGAGAGUGGAGGUGGGCUGUUCCCUGCUUAGUGUGCUCCAGGAAAGGGGGAUGGGGAGAUGGAAAUACAGACUGUGAGCUCA